AUGUCCAAGACAGCUACCGCUCGACAUCACAACCCCCUGGAGGACGACAUCACGACCUCCAGUGGACGUCUACGAACCAAAUCAAUCACAGGCAAGAGAAAAUCCAGAUCUGAUGAGAAUGCCCAAGGCGAUAGAUAUAUCGACGCUCGAUCGUCCAGAAAGAUUCUAGCAAUUGCGCAAGAUCUGGCAGACGAAGACGCACAGGAUCGCUUUGUGAACACACAGUCCUCAACCUCCACGAAUCAUGCAUUCGGCUUCGAUUCAAGAUUUGCUGGAAAAGACGAGGAAGAAACCGAUGGUACAAGGGGCGAAUAUGACGAUGAAGAAGAGUGGAUGCCAGAGGAAGAGGGGGAUGUCGCUGAAGAUGAUGUUGACCCAGAAGACAUGGCGGUGUAUCAGAGAUUCCUCCAAUCUGGCGAAGAGCUGGGAGAUUUCACACCGUCACUAGCGAACCUGACAACAGGAGACCAGCGGCCGGGUGAUGGUCUACCUCGAUCCGCAGAAGAAAACGGAGACGGCCAGACAACCAACCUAGCCAACCUGAUCCUGCAGAGGAUCGCUGAAAAAGAAGCCCGGGACGCCGCCCGCCAUGCUGGCUCUCAACCGCAGCCGACGUUCACGGGCUCCGGUCCGGUAGAAGGCGCUGUUGAGAUUCCCCUAAAGGUAGUCGACACCUUCACCAAAGUCGGCCAGCUUCUCUCGCGGUACAAAUCUGGACCCCUUCCCAAGCCCUUCAAAGUCCUCCCGACCCUUCCACAAUGGCCAGAACUCCUCUCCAUCGCCCGCCCGGACUCCUGGACGCCACACGCCUUGUACCGCGCAACCAAAGUCUUUAUCUCCGCCCCUGCCGCAACGGGCCAGUAUUUCUGCGAGACCGUCCUCCUCGACCGCGUGAGAGAGGACAUCCAAGAGACUAAGAAGCUCAACGUGCACUUGUACAACGCGCUAAAAGCGGCCUUCUACCGACCUUCAGCGUUCUUCAAGGGUUUCUUAUUCCCACUCGUCCAGUCCAGCUGCACCCUCCGCGAAGCACAUAUCGUCUCAUCGGUGCUGGCCAAGAUCAAGAUCCCCGUGCUUCACUCCGCUGCGGCACUGCUGCGCCUAUGCGAGAUCUCGGCCGAGCAAACGUCCAACGUCAACAGCGAGGCCGCGGGGGCUGCGAAUAUCUUUAUCCGUGUUCUGCUGGCGAAGAAAUAUGCACUGCCUUACAAGGUCGUCGACGGUCUGGUGUUCCAUUUUCUCCGGUUCCGGGCAUCGAAGGACCCGAAUUCCGACGCCAAAGCCGGACUGGGGAGUAAAGAGGCGAAACUCCCCGUGCUGUGGCACCAGAGUCUACUGAUUUUCGCGCAGACGUACAGGAAUGAGAUCACAGAGGACCAACGCGAGGCAUUGUUGGAUCUGUUGCUGACUCGAGGGCAUAAGGACAUUGGACCCGAGGUCAGACGUGAGCUGUUGGCGGGAAGGAAUCGAGCAGGAGCCGGCCAGAGGCAGGGGCAAGACGGGGGGAAUGCAAUGGCUGUCGACGAACUGAGGGAUGAUGGCGAUGAUACGAUGGAUGUUACGGGUUGA